UGACGGCCGACGCCGCUGUUUCCAAGAUACCGUGCCUGUUGUUUCUUUCCCGGCCUUUCUGGCAGCCAGAGGUCGGUGGGCGAAGACUCGCAGAAGCUGCCUCGGAAACCUGGCUCGAGCGGGGUGGGUAGGCGCAGGCGGCUUGUAUCGCUGACACGCUCAUGCACCCUCCCUGCCUGGCCGCGCCUCUGCGACCAGGUAACCCAAUGAAAGAAGAAAAUGAAAGGCAUUAAGAAAAGUCUUACAGAAGAAUACCUAUACUUGGACUUUUCUCACCAAAUAGAAGGAUGCAUUUGUCCUCUUCAUACAUCUGUAACUUUGUUUCUAUUAUCAUACUGUGACUGCAAAAUCUUUAAAGUUUGCUUAGUCUCCACUGGAGAAAGUACAGAUAUUUCAUUAAAAAAUGUAGUGCUCCAGGAUGUUGAAGUACAAAUUAUUUCAAGGCAAGAGCUUCCUCCAAUAGUCCAGAAUUGCUGUUUACCUGCAAUAGUAGAAAAACCAGAAAAUUUCUGUAGAGCAGGACUUGCUGUUGUACUGAGACACAUAAUCCAGAGAUCAUACGAAGCUGACCCCUCCAAGAAGGAAAUUUUGGAACUUUUGGGUUUUAAGAAGACUUGCUUGAAAGCCUGUGCUGAAGUUAGUCAGUGGACCAGGCUAUGCGAACUCACCAUCCCUUUAGCUAUUGAGAAUUUUCUUAGAGAAUCUUCUGACCAGCACCCAUCUAUCCCUGCAGAAAUACUACAGUUAGAGAAGAAGCUUAGCGAGCCUGUUAGAGUGCAUAAUGAUGACAAACUCCGUAGGCAGAAGCUGAAGCAACAGAAGGCUGCUGGGGUCGGGCCUUCCCUUGCUAAGGAAAAAGGAUUGGGCAAGGUGCAUAGACAAGAAACAUCUCAAGAUUUGGACUCUACAUCUGAGAACCUGGAACUGAAAGUUGCAUUCUCAAAGCUCACAGUACAGGAAGAACCAGCUGCCACCAACAGGGAGCCUCCUCACAUCAGAAAAGCAAAAGCCUCUGACCUCCCACCUCUGGAGCAUGUGUUUGCGGAGGGCCUCUACUUCACUUUGGCAGAUAUCGUACUCUUGCCUUGUAUCCAUCAUUUUUUGGUAAUUAUCUGCAAGAAAGUUUCUGAAAAACUGAUAGAAUUUCCACUGUUGGCUGCUUGGUACCAGAGGAUUCAGGAAGUGCCAAGAGUAAAAACAGCAGCUUCUCAGUGUGGAAUCCAAUUUCUCCGUUUACCAGAGUUGCUGACCACCUCAAACGAACAAGAUUCAAACUUAAGUGAGGUCGCAGGUGCAGAGGAGCAAAAUGAUGCUUCAUUUAUAGGAGGACCAAGGCCCACUAUGACCAAGUUAAUGGAAAAAGGCAUUGAAGUGAUGUUUUCCCCCCACCCUUGCCCUACUUGGACCCUUGAUUGGAAUAGUCUUCCUGCAGCAGUGAGCCCUAAGGAAGGUGUAAGGGUUAGAGAUUAUGGAGCAUGUCUUCAAGCUCUGCUCACAUUCUGGGAAUGCUUGAUUGCAGUGCUCAUUCUGAAAUUAAAGAUCUUGCUCAUGAACAGUAAAAUGUCCAGUGAUCGGGCUCUGAGGAAGCAGCAGCAGUUAAACAACCUUGUUUACAUCGUGACAAAUCAGGCCAAACCUGGUGACAGAAUUGUGGAUUUCUGCAGCGGCGGGGGCCAUGUUGGGAUUGUCCUUGCCCACAUGCUGCCAUCAUGCCAGGUUACAUUAAUAGAAAACAAGGAAUUAUCAUUAAUUCGUGCUAAGAAGAGAAGUGAUGAACUAGGUUUAAGCAACAUUUGGUUCAUUCAAGCAAAUAUGGAGUAUUUUACAGGGAUGUUUAAUAUUGGGGUGGCACUGCAUGCUUGCGGAGUGGCCACAGACAUGGUGAUUGAGCACUGCAUCAAAACGCGGGCUUCCUUUGUCACCUGCCCUUGCUGUUACGGUUUCAUUCAGAACACCUCAAAGUUUCAUUUUCCCAAAAGUGAACAAUUCAAGAAAACUUUAUCAUAUAAGGAACACAUGAUUCUGUGCAGAUUUGCGGAUCAGACAGCUGUGCAGCUUCCGCCCCAACGAAGACUCAUAGGAAAACAGUGCAUGUGCCUAGUGGAUCUGGAUCGAGCAAGGGCUGCAGAAGAACGUGGUUACUGCGUUCAAGUAAUAUCCAUGGAGCCGGAGAGCUGCUCUCCCAAAAAUAAUAUGAUCGUGGGAGUCCCCAUUUAGAAGGAGAUAUUCACCUUUGAUGGUUUUGCCAUCCGUCUUCAUGAUGAAAGCCCAGUGGCAUUUAGGAAGUUCUUGGCAUAACCAGACAACAGCAUUAGCCAUCUUGAACUUACUGUGCUCAGGAAGGAAAGCAGCAGGAAAAUCGCGGGAACAAAGGCUGCCUGCAAAGCAUCACAAAUGCUCUUAUAAUGUAUGAUUAAAGGACCGCUGGUUUUCAUAGUGAGAAUUCCCCAAAGUCUCAGCUGCCAACAGAAUAAUUCUCACCAGUGGAGCGUCCAUCACUGGAAUAACAAUUUCCUUCUCAGUUCACAGCUUUUCUGCUCUUGCCAAUUUGAUGUUCAAUUCCAAACAGUGAAUCGAAGCCUUAGUAAUCAUUGCAGCCUAUAUGAUCAUUUAGAUAUUCAUAUGGAGACCAAAACUAGACUCAGUGGGGUUGGUUGGUGGGUUGGUUAUAUUUUUAACAAUUGUGCUUUUUCUAUAAUUUUUUAAAAAUAUCUAGUCAGGCAACCCCUAUAUGGUUAAAUUUUUAAGCAGGGAUGAGUUGGACUUGUAUUUCAUUUUAUAUACUUCUUUUAAUUAUGUUUCCCAUAAAUUACCAAAUGUGAUCAUCACUGGUUCAGACAUUUUAUAUGAAGACAUAAAAUUGUAGAAAAUUCCCCAUUGUGGGGAUAUGUAAUUUGGACAUAAAUUCCAACUAAUCAGUAUAUACAUUGAUUAAUUAAUUCCAGUUUAUAAAUAAUUAUUGAGGAUCCAUUAUUUUCAAGACCCUGGCCUAGAAUCUUCUAAGGAUACAAAGAUGAGUUGCAAGAGACAUGAUGCCUUGCCUAUGGAAUAAAUCAUGUAAAAGAAAAAUUGAUGAAUUAGUUCUUUGUCAUAAUAUAAUGUAUGGUCACUGGAUUUAUUUUCCAGAUACCAAUCAUAUUUUUUAGUUACAUUACUUUGGUAAAAAUUAUUGAAUGUAGAUUGGAGUUAGGAGAAGUACAGAGUUUGGAAUAUUUGAAUAUUUCUCCCUUCUCACACUUCUCCUCAGCCCAGCAGCCAGACUUUUUAAACACAGAUGACAUGCCUUUCCCACAUGCUGCUAAUUAUUUAACUUCUAUGUGCCCUAGGUUAUAUCAUUUAAGAUGAGAUUUAUUUCAUUGAUUUUGAUGUUUUCAACCCCUAUAUGAUGCAUGUCAUGAGGAAAAAGGACUAAUAUAAGCAACUCUUCCAUCAUCAUGACUUAAAAUGCAGGAAUAAUUUAUUCAGGGGAGGGGGGCUUGAAUUCUUGUUUUCUGAAGAAAAUUUAAGAAAAGAAUUAAUCAUCAGCCCUGAGUUUUUAGUCAUUUUUACCUAUAGAUAUACCAUGCUCUUUUAUCCUGGGCUUUCUUUUUUAAAUAGAGGUAUAAUCUACAGAUAAUAAAUUUUAAGUGUUUUUAAGUGUUAAGUUUGAAAAGUUUUGAAUAUAUAUAUAUAUAUAUAUAUCCAUAUCCAUACAACUGCCACCAGAAAUAAGAUAUAGAAUAUUUCUACCAGCACAGAAAGUUCUCUUAUGUCCCUUUCUGUUCAACUUCACCUACCCCAAAGGCAGAAGUCUCUCUGAUUUCUACCACCCUCCAUUUUUUCUGCCUAUUUUUGUCCUUCAUAUAAAUGAAGUCAUUUAGUAUAUAGUCUUUUGUCUCUGGCUUCUUUUGCCCGAGAUAGUAUUUUUUGAGAAAUAUCCACAUUGUCAUACGUAUCAAUAGUUUAUUCUUAUUCUUAAGUAACAUUCUAUUAUAUAAAUUUAUCAAAAUAUAUUUAUUCACUCUCCAAUUGGUAUUUAUUUGGAUUAUUUCAACUUUAAGGAUAUUACAAAUAAGGCCUAUAAAUAUUCUUGUACAAGUCUUUCUUGGACAUAUGUUUUCAUUUCUCUUAGAUAAAUACCUAGCAGUAGAAUUGCUGGGUCAUCGAAUAAAUGAAUGUCAAUUGCCAAACAGUUUUUCCAAAGUGGUUGUACCAUUUUAUAGCCCACCAGCAAUGUAUAAAAGUUCUAGUUUUCCAUGCUACCCUCACAACAUUUGAUAUUGUCAGUCUUUUUUAUUUUAACCAUUCUGUUAGACGUGGAAUGGUACCUCACUGGGAUUUUCAUUUUCAUUUCUCAGAUGACUGGUGAUACUCAGCAUCAUUUGUAAAGUCAAUGUUCAAGUCUUUUACUUAUUUUUAAAAUUAGGUUGUUUGUAGUUUUUUUUAUUGUUGGUUUAUGAGAGUUCUUUAUAUAUUUUGGUUAAGAGUUCUCUGUCAGAUAUAUGUAUUGAGAAUAUUUUUCCUAGUCUGUGGCUUACCUACUCAUUUUCAUAAUGAAUGCUUUAAUUUUCAGGAAGCCUAAUUUAUCUGUUUUUGCUGGCUAAUAUUUUCUGUGUCCUCUAUAAUAUAAUAAAUCUUUCCCCUCCCUGA